AUGAUAUCAACAACCAACUCAGCAACCCAUUCAAACGCGCCACAUCCUUCCCUCGGCAAUGCUCUGAUUCCUGCCGGAACGUCAACAGGCAAUGCCCAACUAGAAUGCCAACGAAACCCACUGUCCCCCGCCCUCUGCGGUCCAGGGAGCAGCUUUCUCCAGCAAUAUAACCAAUGUCAGUCAUGCAUCGAAAACAACAGCAGCAAUCCGGAGCUGGUCAAGGCAAGUCUGGCGAUGAGGUUCAUGAAGUGUACCGGGUAUUGCAAGUUACAAGCAAGCACCAGUGCGCCUUCGUCAGCAACUCAAACGAAAAUUCCCACUACCGGACAAGAUGGAGACCUGUUUACGACAGCAACAACGAAGACUUCCAGCACUUCUUCCACUGCUGCUAUACAAACAAUAAUAACCACGAGUUUAAAUGUGGCCUACAAAGCGGAGACAACCACUUCCACGAUACCUGCAACAUCAAAGCCGACAGCAUCCCCGACAACAAGUAACCCACCCACCUUACCCAAACCUUCAACUUCCGCUCACCCAUCAUCACCCACCCUCCCCUCUUCUUCUUCUUCUUUCUCCUCCUCAUUGUUAGCAUCAACCUCCACAUCCCUCAGCACCAUCCUCGACACCACCACACAAACCCAGACAUCAUCACUCACCUCCCCCACGGACGACAAAAGUCUUAUAAAUUCCACUUUACUACCUCUACAACCAAGCGCCGAUACCAGCAAUAACACCAGCACCAGCAUCAAAACCGCACCCUGGGUCUGGGUCAUCGUCGGCAUAACCAUCACCGUCGUCUUCCUCCUUUCCAGCGGGAGUUUCUUCUUUUUUUAUAAAAAGGGGAGAUCGAAACGGGGCUUGAACAGACAUGAGGGAAUGAAAGGAAUGGUGGAGUUGAAGGAGACGACGGUGGGGAACCAUGGGUUUGUUGAUGGGUGGAGUGAUGCUUGUUUUAGGACGGGGACCGGGAGGGCUGGGAUAAUGAGGGGGGUGCCAGAUGAAGCGGGUGGACCUGGUAGUAACGUGAUGGAAUUGGAAGGCAGUGGCAGUGGCAGUGGCAGUGGCAGUGGUGGAGGGAGGGGUGUUGGGGGAAUAGGAACUACUAAGGGGAAUGGGAAUGGGAAUGUACCGCCGGUUGAGAUGAGUUCUUGUGGGAAUGGGUUUGCGGAGUUGCCUACGGAGUUUAAUCGGAGGGAGGAGGGAGGAGGAGGUGGUGAAGUGAGGAAGGUGGGUGAGGAAGACUUGUGAGGAAGGACCGAUGCUACAUUGAGUUGUGCCGGGUGGUACGAGCGAACUGCAUCCAUGCGAAAAUGCUCGAAUGUGGAUGCUACUUCCGUUUUGAUACUGAGGUUCAAAUCAGUUGCUGUGGCGGGAUCCCGAAUUCCAGUCAUCAGCAAGUCAUACGUAUGGGAAAGAGCUACCCGAGAAGUGGGAACGGAAGAAAGAAAUGGAGCUAGUAUUGGAGAUGAAAAUAAACGAGUGUGAAAACAAGGAAUACCCGCCCCUACCAAAUUAUGUUUGAGGAUACCUACGCGUGCGAUGAGUAAUGCUGC